AUGUAUCAAGUUUUCAUCAGUGGAUACCGUUUGGCCGAGGUGUCACACGGCAAGCCCUAUUAUGUUUACUGCAUCGAGGUUCUGGAGUCGGAAACUGGUACUCGAUACUUUAUCGAGAGAAGAUAUAGCGAAUUUAAUGCUUUACAUCGCACGCUGAAGAAAGAAAACGCGGAUGUUGCUCCGUUUCCGCCAAAGAAGGUAAGAAACUCCCAGCCAAGGGUGCUCGAGCAAAGGCGAGCAGCAUUGGAAGUGUACAUCCAAAAAAUGUUAAGGCUUCCAGCCACGAAGCAACAGGUUCUCAAUUUUCUGGGUAUAGAAGACCGAACAUCCGGCGCGUCAUAUAAAAAUACGUACAAAGAUACGGAGGAUCAGCAAUACGUUAACACAAAUACUCUUGGCCAUCAACCCGUAUUAACUUUCCACUGUGAUCCAUAUGUUCAAUCGAAUGCUACACCGAACAGUCUUCCAGAUGUCGUGAUCGACGGUGUACUUUUGGGUUUAUACAAGUCCCGAGAAGCUUACUAACCUGCUCGCAACAAUAUCCUGUAUGAAAAGUGUAAAAAGAACCACACGCUUCAUGGGAAGCUCUGUUUUAUUAUGAUCCAAAUGAAAUUUAGGUCAGAGAUAAAGUGGUUCUAUUCAGUAAGUGUGUUAAUGUUUUGCUGUACUGAGAUAUGCGAGAUGUGUGUUGUCAUUCCAAAUUUGACUAACGAAGAACGUGAAAGCGGAAGAAAUCGAGUUCACACUCCUGUUUAAACAUAAGAAUUCUGCGCAUCUGUUUAAUGUAGUCAAGGCGUUUCAAGGAAGGAAAUAUAUGCUCUGUUAUAUUUGAA